AUGGAUACAAUAACAGCAGCUGAAGAAGAAAAUGUAUCCAAUAGUUUAGAAGAAAAUACCACAGCUCUGAUGAAUAAUGUAGUUUAUAAACGACAACAGUCUUAUGAAAAUUUUGUAUCAAAUUUCACUUAUUUAACCCAUGAUGAUAUUGUGAAAAGUGAGGAAAAGAAAUUAUCAAAAAAAGAUAAAAUAGUAGAAGAUAGAAACCCGAUUAAAUCUGAUGAUGUCAACAAAACAUCUAGCUCUACUCAGUUAGAGAUGAAUGAAACAGUACCUAAUGUAAUAAAUGAGGAUGAACUGGAAGAAGAGGCAUUAGGUGAAGAUAUAAAAAUUCAUACUGAUGAGGCAGAAGAAUCAAAUAAAUCCAAGAGAAACUUUACAAAGUUUGAUAAUUUUGUUGAUAAUGAAGAUAAUGAUAAUGAUGAUAAUGAUGAUGAUGCAAGUGAUAUUGGAUCUGGUUAUUUAGCAAGUUUUCAUGAAUCAGAUUUAAAGGCUGAUAGUGAGAUAUUCAAAUCCACAGAUCAAUCAAAACAGACGCAGAAAGAACCAGCUUACAAAAUUGUCAAUCAAAAUUCAGUUCCAUCAGAUCUAGAUUGUGACAUCAAAUUAGCAGAUUGUCCAUUUCAACCUGAUGAAAAUGGAUUCCUCCUCAAUCCUGGGGAAGCUGAAAGGGAGGUAACCUCUAGAGAUUUAAGCAGCCUACAACACACUACAUAUUUAGAAUACUCCUGUAAAUAUGCAGAGUCAGUUGACCAAACAACAGAGACAGUUGAUCAAACAGCAGAAGAAAGUGACAAAAUAGUAGAAGUGAAUACAUUACCAUGUACCAAUGAAGUUGAGGAAUUUAAACUAGAUGUCAACUUUGACUAUGAUAAUAUAGUAUUAACACCGAAAUAUACCCACCAAGAAAUGAACUAUUUAAACAGUUUUCGAGAAAACGCUGAGAAAAGUUCUUAG